UGCACUUUUCGGUCGUCCUGAUCCCUCCCUGGCACUCCGAUGACCGAAUCGGUGGAGUCAGCGACAACUGCAAGAGAAGUCAGUGGUGACAAAUCGUGUAAAAGGAAGCGCAGCAGUGGAAUAAACCGCGCUGAUGAUUCAGGACAGACGAAGAAAUGCCUGCGUAUGACACAGGUAUCUUCGGCCGAGUCUCCGGGGUCCCCGAGUCGGAGAUUUUGGGAGCUGGAGCAGCAGAUGUGUCGUGAGCUCUCCGCUCUGAGCUUCAGUUCGCCCGUGACUCACAUCUACAACCCCCUGGACUAUGCCAGGCAGCCUCACCAGUGCUAUCUGAACUCUUACGCUGACUCUCCCAAGAGGAUUAUGUUCUUUGGGAUGAACCCCGGCCCUUUUGGAAUGGCUCAAACUGGGGUGCCAUUCUGUGACCCCACAAUUGCCACCGGCUGGUUGAAGAUAGUGGGAGAGGUAGAGAAGCCCCCCACAGAACAUCCCAAGAGACCUAUCGUCGGUCUCUCUGGAACCAGACAAGAGGUGUCUGGGGGGAGGUUCUGGGGACUGUUUCAGGACCUGUGCGGAGAGCCGGAGACCUUUUUUGCCAACUGCUUCGUCCACAAUUACUGUCCGCUCUGCUUCAUGGGGUCAACGGGGAAAAACAUUACUCCGCCAGAGCUCAAGUCGAGCGAGCGAAACGCUCUCCAGGAGGUGUGCGAUCGCUAUCUCUUACUCGUCGUGGAGCUACUGGGAGUAGAGUGGGUCGUGGGUAUUGGAAAGUAUGCAGAGGCCAGAGCCAAGAAGGCGCUGCAGGGGUGUGGGGGGAGAGUGAGUGUGGUCUCCAUUACUCACCCGAGUCCCAUAAAUCCUGCUGCCAACAAGGACUGGAAGGGACUGGCCACUUCACAGCUGGACAGACUCGGCCUGCUUCACAUUGUCUCGGGCAAAAGUGAUAGAGACUUGUGUACAAAAAUCCAGCAGUAGCAUUGUGGUACACGUG